AUGACACUCAAAUUGCUUAUGAAUUCGACAUGGGGAUAUUCCAUUAAGAAACCUCAAGAGAUGAAGAGUAAACAUUAUGAGAAGGUCGACAACUUUGUUGAAAGGUUUUCUCCUUUUGUUUUGAAGUACGAGUUCACCGAAGGUCAAAGUGGCUUAGUAACCACAUUAAAACCUAUUGUCGAACAUUGGUCUUACCCUCAGUUCGCAAAGGCAGUCCUUGACAACUACAACAAAUUCUUCUCCGAAGUCAAAUCCAAAGUAGUGGUAUACUAUGAGAACAUCGACGCACUCAUGACGAACGAAGAAGGAUACAACAAACUCAUUGAAAUGGGAAUGGUCGGUGAAAAGAUGGGCCUUUUUAAGCUAGACAAGGUAUUUUCCGAAGUUCAUGUAAUAUCGAAAAGGAAAUAUUGGGGUAUACUUGAAGAUGGCACAGAAAUAAAACAUUGCAUGAAAUAA